AACCCUCCAGCUCCAUCAAUCCCAUUUAUUUAUGAAUUCAACGAAUGUCCGCAGUGUGGCUGCUGUGGAUUUGAUUGCUUGAUCGGAGAAAUAAGGAGGAAGGCGACGGCGGCGAAGAAAUUGAUUUCCCUGUUUCUGGAUUGACAGCAGUAAAAAACCCUAGAAGAAAGGUGGUCAGUAUAGUGGUAGGAUGAAAAAAUAUGGUCUGAACCUAAGGGUACAACCCAAUCUACAAAAGAAUCAGUCAUCAAGACCUCCUCUACCAAAACCUCUUGGAUUCCGUGAUGACGACGAAGAUGAUGUUGAGAAGGAAAUAUCUCGUCAAGCCAGCAAAAACAAGUCCAACAAGGAUAUCGAAGAGCAGCAUAGAAAAGCAUUGGAAGAGGACCCUUCAGUUUUCGACUAUGAUGGUGUAUAUGAUGAUAUGAAAGGGAAAAUGGCCCUUCCACGUGUGCAAGAUCGCCAGGAGAGGAAGCCAAAAUAUAUACAAGCAUUGAUGGAUAAAGCAAAAGCCCGUGAGCGGGAACAAGAGAUAGUAUACGAGAGAAAACUUGCCAAGGAGAGAAACCAAGAAGAUCAUCUCUAUGUUGAUAAGGACAAGUUUGUUACUGCUGCUUACAAAAGGAAAUUGGCAGAACAGGCCAAGUGGAUGGAAGAGGAACGUGUACGACAACUUCGCGAGGAGAAAGAUGAUGUCACUAAGAAGAAAGAUAUAAGUGAUUUUUACUUCAACUUAGGGAAGAAUGUUGCAUAUGGUGCUAAUGAAAAAGAAUCAACAACAAAAUUCAUAGAGAAGGAGGAUGCUAGAGAUGUCAAGAGUGUUGCUGCCGGAGCAUCUUCUGCUGCAGUUGCCGCCACAGAACUACCACCACCUCCAGCAUCAUCGUCGUCAUCAGAUCCUGUUAAAAAUUCCACCAUCACGGAAUCAACACAACAACCACUACUCUCAGAGACUGAAGACAAGCCGAGACCAAAUCACGAUAAGAGGGGUGAAGAUGCUCUUGCGGCUGCUAAAGAACGGUUUCUUGCAAGGAAAAAGUCCAGGCAGCAAUAGACGCUGCUGCAGUUUUCAGUAUUUUGUAACUCAGAUUUUUUCUUUAGACUGUUAUUUAAAAUUGUGAUGGAAUUUUAAUAUUCAGCAAUAGAAAUAUGGUCAUUGUGAAAUAUUCUAACUCUUAUCAUUUUUCUUUUUUUAAGUAUUUAACAUCCAUAUUAUUUUCAAUUAGUAUUAUUA